AUGCAUGCACCCUCUCUUGCAUCGAGAGUGCGGCUACGUCCAACGGGUGCUCAAGCUAGUGCGUUCUUCCACUUCUUCCACCGGCUGGCCCGUGUUAUCGACACAUCUGCACGCUCCUGUCUCCAGGCCAACUGCACGUCCGCGGACCUCCAAGCUGCUGAGGCGCUCCAGUCUACCGAAUGUGCCGCUGCGAACAGCUCUUCUUCCGCCGCGUCUUCUACUUCUACCAGCGGAAGCUCGACGUCCUCCGCGCCUGCCACGACGAGUACCACCACAAAGAGCGGCGCGGGCCUCGCUGGUGUGGAUGCUCAUGUGGUUAUGGGCGCGGCCGUGGCGAUGGUUGGCAUGCUUGCCGGGAUGGGUCUGGUGCUUUGA